AUGUACACAAACACACCUCUGAGCACACUCAACAAAGAGCUUUUGAUGGGCCAUGUCCAGGAGGUGUGUGUGACUGGUGAAGUACCAUCACUUCCUUCCUGUCUAAAACAGAACAGCCAUCCCGACACUACAGAGCAGAACAGCCAUCCCCACACUACAGAGCAGAACAGCCAUCUCCGCACUACAGAGCAGAACAGCCAUCCCCGCACUACAGAGCAGCACAGCCAUCCCCGCACUACAGAGCAGAACAGCCAUCCCCCGCACUACAGAGCAGAAGAGCCAUCCCCCGCACUACAGAGCAGAAGAGCCAUCCCCCGCACUACAGAGCAGAACAGCCAUCCCCCGCACUACAGAGCAGAACAGCCAUCCCCGCACUACAGAGCAGAACAGCCAUCCCCGCACUACAGAGCAGAACAGCCAUCCCCACACUACAGAACAGCCAUCCCCACACUACAGAACAGCCAUCCCCGCAAUACAGAGCAGAACAGCCAUCCCCGCACUACAGAGCAGAACAGCCAUCCCCACACUACAGAACAGCCAUCCCCCGCACUACAGAACAGCCAUCCCCCGCACUACAGAACAGCCAUCCCCCGCACUACAGAACAGCCAUCCCCCGCACUACAGAACAGCCAUCCCCACACUACAGAACAGCCAUCCCCACACUACAGAGCAGCCAUCCCCACACUACAGAGCAAAACAGUCAUUCCCACACUACAGAGCAGAACAGUCAUUCCCACACUACAGAGCAGAACAGCCAUCCCCACACUACAGAGCAGAACAGCCAUCCCCCGCACUACAGAGCAGAACAGCCAUCCCACGCACUACAGAGAAGAACAGCCAUCCCCCGCACUACAGAGAAGAACAGCCAUCCCCCGCACUACAGAGCAGAACAGCCAUCCCCGCACUACAGAGCAGAACAGCCAUCCCCACACUACAGAACAGCCAUCCCCGCAAUACAGAGCAGAACAGCCAUCCCCGCACUACAGAGCAGAACAGCCAUCCCCACACUACAGAACAGCCAUCCCCCGCACUACAGAACAGCCAUCCCCCGCACUACAGAACAGCCAUCCCCCGCACUACAGAACAGCCAUCCCCCGCACUACAGAACAGCCAUCCCCACACUACAGAACAGCCAUCCCCACACUACAGAGCAGCCAUCCCCACAAUACAGAGCAGAACAGUCAUUCCCACACUACAGAGCAGAACAGUCAUUCCCACACUACAGAGCAGAACAGUCAUUCCCACACUACAGAGCAGAACAGCCAUCCCCACACUACAGAGCAGAACAGCCAUCCCCCGCACUACAGAGCAGAACAGCCAUCCCACGCACUACAGAGAAGAACAGCCACCCCCCGCACUACAGAGAAGAACAGCCACCCCCCGCACUACAGAGCAGAACAGCCAUCCCCGCACUACAGAGCAGAACAGCCAUCCCCACACUACAGAACAGCCUUCCCGCACUACAGAGCAGAACAGCCAUCCCCGCACUACAGAGCAGAACAGCCAUCCCCGCACUACAGAGCAGAACAGCCCUCCCCGUACUACAGAGCAGAAGAGCCAUCCCCACACUACAGAACAGCCAUCCCCCGCACUACAGAACAGCCAUCCCCCGCACUACAGAACAGAACAGCCAUCCCCCGCACUACAGAGAAGAACAGCCAUCCCCCGCACUACAGAGAAGAACAGCCAUCCCCCGCACUACAGAGAAGAACCGCCAUCCCCCGCACUACAGAGCAGAACAGCCAUCCCCCACACUACAGAGCAGAACAGCCAUCCCCCACACUACAGAGCAGAACAGCCAUCCCCGCACUACAGAGCAAAACAGCCAUCCCCGCACUACAGAGCAGAACAGCCAUCCCCGCACUACAGAACAGAACAGCCAUCCCCACACUACAGAACAGCCAUCCCCGCACUACAGAGCAGAACAGCCAUCCCCCGCACUACAGAACAGAACAGCCAUCCCGCACUACAGAGCAGAACAGCCAUCCCCCGCACUACAGAACAGAACAGCCAUCCCGCACUACAGAGCAGAACAGCCAUCCCCACACUACAGUGCAGAACAGCCAUGCCCCGCACUACAGAGCAGAACAGCCAUCCCCACACUACAGCGCAGAACAGCCAUCCCCCGCACUAGAGCAGAACAGCCAUCCCCCGCACUACAGAGCAGAACAGCCAUCCCCGCACUACAGAGAAGAACAGCCAUCCCCCGCACUACAGAGAAGAACAGCCAUCCCCCGCACUACAGAGAAGAACAGCCAUCCCCCGCACUACAGAGCAGAACAGCCAUCCCCCACACUACAGAGCAGAACAGCCAUCCCCGCACUACAGAGCAGAACAGCCAUCCCCGCACUACAGAGCAGAACAGCCAUCCCCGCACUACAGAACAGCCAUCCCCACACUACAGAACAGCCAUCCCCACACUACAGAGCAGAACAGCCAUCCCCCGCACUACAGAGCAGAACAGCCAUCCCCACACUACAGCGCAGAGCAGCCAUGCCCCGCACUACAGAGCAGAACAGCCAUCCCCACACUACAGCGCAGAACAGCCAUCCCCGCACUACAGAACAGAACAGCCAUCCCCACACUACAGAAGAGCCAUCCCCAGCACUACAGAGCAGAACAGCCAUCCCCCGCACUACAGAGCAGAACAGCCUUCCCCCGCACUACAGAGCAGAACAGCCAUCCCCGCACUACAGAGCAGAACAGCCAUCCCCCGCACUACAGAGCAGAACAGCCAUCCCCCGCACUACAGAGCAGAACAGCCAUCCCCGCACUACAGAACAGAACAGCCAUCCCCACACUACAGAACAGCCAUCCCCAGCACUACAGAGCAGAACAGCCAUCCCCCGCACUACAGAGCAGAACAGCCAUCCCCCGCACUACAGAGCAGAACAGCCAUCCCCCGCACUACAGAGCAGCACAGCCAUCCCCGCACUACAGAGCAGAACAGCCAUCCCCCGCACUACAGAGCAGAACAGCCAUCCCCCGCACUACAGAGCAGCACAGCCAUCCCCGCACUACAGAGCAGAACAGCCAUCCCCCGCACUACAGAGCAGAACAGCCAUCCCCGCACUACAGAACAGCAGGUGUGUGUGUGAUGGCAUGAAGGUUAAUUAG